CUGCGGGGCCAGGGAUGGCGGUGCCGGAGGAGCCGUUCAGCCCCUCGGUGCUGGGCACCAGAGAGCACUGGGAUGCUGCCUAUGACAGAGAGCUGCAGACUUUUCAAGACAUCGGAGAUGCUGGGGAAAUUUGGUUUGGAGAGGAAAGCAUGACUCGCAUCAUCAGAUGGCUGGAAAAGCAGAAGAUCCCCCUUGACAGCCCUGUGCUUGACAUUGGAACUGGAAACGGUGUUUUACUGAUUGAAUUGGCAAAGUAUGGCUUCAUGAACCUGACAGGGAUUGAUUAUUCUCCUUCUGCAAUACAGCUGUCAGAAAAAAUAAGAGAGAAAGAAGGGAUGUCCAACAUUAAAUUAAAGGUAGAAGACUUCCUGGCUCCAUCAGCUGAGCUGUCAGGCUUUGAGAUCUGUAUUGACAAGGGGACUUUUGAUGCCAUAAGCCUCAAUCCUGAUAACGCAGAGGCAAAGAGGAAGCAGUACGUGAGAUCCCUCUGCAGUGUGUUGAAACCAGAGGGCUUCUUCCUCAUCACAUCUUGCAACUGGACCAAGGAGGAGCUGUUGAACGAGUUCAGAGAAGCAGGAUUUGAGGUUCUGGAGGAGCUGCCAACACCCAAGUUUUGCUUUGGAGGAAGAAUUGGGAACAGUGUAACAGCAUUGGUUUUCCAAAGGAAAAAAGGGAGGCCAUCCAUCUUGGACAGAUGAGAUGAGAAAAGCCUAAACUUUAAACCUGACAGAAAACCUCAGACAUGUAUGUAAAUAAAUGCUCUUUGAGUACACAGUAAAGUACUAUGUAUGGAGCUCUAAGGGGCUGUAAAACGUUGCCCUAAGAACAUUUCAGCUUUGCAUAACUUGCCUUGUUCUGUCCUUGCUACAACCUCAUUUGUUGUAGGGAAGCUGCAGGUUUGGAAGAGAGAAACGAGGCAUUUGGAAUAUGGAGACUAACAGAAGUGAAUGACAUCUGUGUUUGGAACACAAAGAUUAACUGUAUUUAAUGCCUGUAUCUCUAAUCAGUGACCAAAAGAGUCACAACAAAAAUCUCAUUUCUCUGUUGUGUGGUUUAGCGUGGAGAAG